UUUUCAAUCUUAAAUUUAACGUGUCUUGAAAUUCUCGUAUACUUUUGUUACGAUUAACGGGGAAUAUCAAGAAAUCUCCUCAUCCUCCUCGAUCUUUUGAGAUUGAGGGGAUCGAUAAAUGAGGAGAUGGAACUUCUUUUGCCUUAUUAUUUACAUACCUGAAGUUUACUCCGGCGAGGCGGUUUAGGAUACGGCGCCGGGACUGAUGUUGCUCGCUUCGUCGGAAAAUGUGAUGUUUUCAUAAUCGCCGGCGAACGCUGCUCAACUCCGACGGUUAACGUUGCCGAUCCGAAACUUUUAGGUGCCUUUUAGCUGAUUUACACAUUUUUCAUCCAUUCUCCGGCAAAUUGUAGAGUUGGUCUAUUUUGAUAACUUUCAAAUAAAGAUGUCCUUCAAAUCCAUAGUAAAUGAACUGGUGGAAAUGUUGGAAGUGAUUGGAAGUUUAUCAAGGGGAUGGACAAAGGGCAAGCAUUGGCGAAGAAGACGGACUUUAUCGCAUAUAGUUCCCGAUAUAAUCCCAUCUGAAACCAUCAAACAAGGGAAAUGGGCAAAUUUGCCACCUGAACUUCUUUUCGAUAUAAUCCGUAGAGUUGAAGAGAGUGAAGUUUCAUGGCCUGCAAGGAAUGCAGUUGUCUUUUGUGCUUCAGUUUGCAAGUCAUGGAGGGAUAUCACAAAGGAGAUUGUCAAGACACCUGAGCAAUGUGGGAGACUCACCUUUCCUAUUUCAUUGAAACAGCCUGGACCAAGCGAUUCUCCAAUUCAAUGCUUUAUUAAAAGAGAUCGAGCAACUGCAGUUUAUCGUCUGUAUUAUGGUCUUACCCCUUCUGAGAAUGAAAACGACAAACUAUUGUUGGCUGCUAAGAAGAUUAGAAGGGGAGUUAGAUCAGAGUUCAUAAUAUCUUUGGUUGCUGAUGACUUUUCCAGAGCCAGCAAUACAUAUGUUGGAAAACUUAGGUCUAAUUUCCUGUGCUCCAAAUUCACCAUUUACGACAGCCAACCUGCAGAUUCCAAUGAAGUUCAACAAAAUAGUAGAUCGAGUGGCAGAUUCCAUUCUAAGCGUGUAACUCCAACUCCAAGUUUACCUGCGUGUAACUACAGAAUUGCCACUUUAAAUUAUGAGCUGAAUAUCUUGAGGACAAGAGGCCCUAGGAGAAUUCAAUGCAACAUGUUAUCCAUACUCCCUGAGGAGAAUGGAAAACCAUUGAUUCUUAAGAACAAGCUUCCCAGAUGGCACGAACAGUUACAGUGCUGGUGCUUAAAUUUCAAGGGUCGUGUAACUGUUGCCUCUGUCAAGAAUUUCCAGUUGGCUGCAGAACCGUCUGACAAAAUUUCGGUAUCGGAUCAAGAGAGAGUGAUCUUACAGUUUGGAAAGAUAGGGAAGGACAUUUUCACUAUGGAUUAUCAAUACCCCCUUUCGGCUUUCCAAGCGUUUGCCAUCUGCUUGAGCAGCUUCGACACAAAACCCAUCUGCGAAUGACAUCCACUUGUGUUGUUGUAUAACAAAUUCACCUCUUCUUCUUCUUUUCUUUUCCUGUAUCUGUGUUUUCAACCAUCUUUGAAUCAUAUGGAUUAUAUAUAGAAUCAGGUGAUUUGAUAUGU